AUGUACACUACUAAUAACAAAUCUCUCCCCAAGGUUCCUCCGCCGGUUCCAAAGAAGCCCAACGUCCUGCUUCUCCCCUCCAACGGUACCACCGACAGACAGGGAACACAGACAGACAGCCCUGCCGCUCUCCGCUCUCCCGUUGGAGCGUUCCCACCAGAAGAGAUUCCCGGGAAAGAGGAAAACCAGGAAAAUUACCUGGGAAUAGGAACGGAUGAGGAAAGCUCCAUGGAGUCUUCAUUACAGGACUCUUCUUUUACAGAUGUGGAGGGGAGGCUCAGCAUUACAGAGACAGGCAGAAGUGAUGACGCGGAGAGCGUUGAGGAGAGCAGUUCGGUCGUUAGUGACAAGACGGAGCUCCACAUCACAGAGGAAAUGGAUGAUGAUGUCAGAGGACACACACCUACCACACACACCACAGAGGACCUGUUCACCAAAAUACACAGGUCAAAAAGGAAAGUCCUGGGCCGUAAGGAACCAGGGGACUCGUUUGGCAGCCGCCAGAGUCUGGUCUCCCCYGUGAAGCACAGCACCAGUGGUGGUGACCUCCGAACCCUGACCCUGGGCUCGACCCCGCGCUCCACCUCGCGGAACGACAACUUCAUGGCCCUGCUCCAAAAGAAGGGCAGCAAGUCCAGCACGGGAGGGGCCAGAGUCUCUGCCAUGGAACUCCUCAAGAGCACAAACCCCCUCGCGCGACGCGUCACAGAAUUCUCGACCUCAGCGGACGGAGGGGAUAUGACCACCGGGAAUCAUGGAACCAGACUGCCUCAGGACCAAUGAGAGUCUGAACCAUGGAAUGUUUUUAAACCACUUGUCCCAGGUCAUUCUCCCUAUCUCUCUCUCUCUCUCUCUCUCUCUCUCUCUCUCUCUCUCUCUCUCUCUCUCUCUCUCUCUCUCACAUAUACUUACUGUAGCCUUACCACGACUAAGAGAUCUCCUGAGAAACUAGAGGUUGAAUCUAGUUAUAGAUAACCCCUUUUCGAUCGGACUAUUGAUGGAAGAAGGAACGUCCAACCAGACCACUCAACCACUGAUUGACCUUUUCAUGAACGUUUAUUAACUGCUCAAUGGCUGGUCACGAUGGUCAUCAAAGGAGUUUUGUUUUUAACGCCGUCCAUUCCAUCAUUAAGGGGUAUUAUUUUUGGAGGUCUCCUUCAGUCUAAAGGAGAAAAUGAGCAGUUUUAAUGUCAUGCUUAAACACAUUCUUUCGCUCGUGUUUUUUACUUUGCUGUGUGACUGACAGUGGAGGAGAGAGAGAGCGAGAGAAAUUAUACUAGGGAAAGAUUGAUUGGAUAAUAGCCGAUCUGGGAGUCUGACUGUAUGACUCUCAAUGAUCUUUGUGGAAUUGAAUGAAUCUGAAAUAUCCAUGGAAACACCACCAGUAGUAUAUACCGUAUAUGGUCCAUGCAAAGAAUCAUCAAUAUCUAAACAGACAGAUUACAGGCCUACUGAAUAGACUGGGUACAUCGCAGGCCUAUGCUUGAUGGUGACGGAUGCCACACUAGUCUUUUGAAGACAUGGUGUGAGUGUGUGUCGUAUUUUCGGUCCCUCACACACAAAAAAAAAACUACAACGGUUUCAAUCGAAAACAUUCCACGGGAAGAUUGACAGUUGGACAUGGUACCAAGCCCCCGCCCCUUUAUGUUUGAAUCAAAGCACUUUGGCGACUGCAUACAGAGGUAGCUUACAACAACGAGGAAAACAACAAUGCCUGUGUCAUCCCUGUUAUUCGUUUGUUUAUGUUUCUCUUUUCAUACGAGAUAGAAGGCCAUAUAAAUGUUUUCUCAGAUUGUAAUUAACCUGUACAAAGAUAUACAUACAUACCGUAUAAACUGAAAUAUAUCCGCUUGAA